AUGCUGAUUGUACCAACGGCCAGAUAUCCGGAAAACUAUGAGUACGCGUUGGAUUUCCCAAAGUUCCUGCUCAUUGGCGACUCUAUCACCGAACGAUGUGCGAAUCCGUUCCCUAUCUCUGAUUUCUUGGCAGACGGAUACGAUAAGAACGGCAACUAUACUGUCGAACAUAGUUCGCUUGAGUUUUGUUUCAUGGGCCAACUUCAACACGACUAUGCUCGACGCAUGGAUAUCAUCAAUCGCGGAUUUUCCGGGUACAAUUCACAUUACUGGAGACACAUGAUUGAAAAGGUGCUACGUAUAGAACACGACCUGUCGUAUAGUAAAUGCAAAGUGGCCACACUGUUUCUGGGGACUAACGAUGCCGCGUUGGCAAAACCUGAUGGCGUCCCCUACGACGAAUUUUUAGACAACAUGGAGUUCAUCAUAAAACAGAUCUUGGAUAGAGAUAUCAGGCUGGUGGUCAUCGGCCCCGGCCACCAUUAUCCCGACAUUUGGGAAUCGUUGAACCCAGGAGAUGUGAAAAAGGGCAUCCUCCGUAGAAACGAGGAAAACUUGAAAUACUCAAACGGUUUGAAGCAGCUUGCCGAGAAAUUCCAGGUCCCAUUUGUGGAUUUGUACGCAGCACAUGAGGAAUACGCCAAGAAUAGCGUGCUAAAGAGCUCCAAAAACUUGAUUCUGGACGGGAUCCACUUCACUGGUGAAGGAUACCUGCUUCUGUAUCAGUUGCUGAAGAACGCAUUGGCAGAAAAGUACCCCGAGAUGACUGUACCAAACUUAAAAAUGAGGCUUCCUAGCUGGAACGAUUUUGAUAGCGCCAAAGUGGAAGAGAUUGAAAUUUGA